CAAGAGAGAGAGAGAGAGAGAGGAUACAAUUCAUUGCAAUUCAUAAAAACAAAGGAGUACUGAGCUGGGAGUAUGGCUCACUCUAAGUCUCGAGCGGCCGAUGGGAAGAUCACCUACCCUCCGGGGGUCAAGGAGAUCUCCAGCAACAUCUCCAAGGAGGAGAUGGUCCGUCGGCUCAAGAUGGUGGUGAAAACGUUCAUGGACAUGGAUCAGGACAGUGAGGAGGAGAAGGAGUUGUACCUGAACCUGGCUCUCCAUCUGGCGUCUGACUUCUUCCUGAAGCACCCUGACAAGGACGUUCGCCUCCUAGUGGCCUGCUGCUUGGCCGACAUCUUCAGGAUCUACGCCCCAGAGGCCCCCUACACAUCACCUGAUAAACUGAAGGAUAUCUUCAUGUUCAUCACUCGCCAGCUGAAAGGACUGGAGGACACCAAGAGUGCUCAGUUUAACAGAUACUUCUACCUGCUGGAGAACAUUGCGUGGGUGAAGUCGUAUAACAUCUGCUUUGAGCUGGAGGACAGCAAUGAGAUCUUUACUCAGCUCUACAGGACCCUGUUCCAGGUCAUCAACAACGGGCACAACCAGAAGGUGCACAUGCACAUGGUGGAUCUGAUGAGUUCUAUCGUCUGUGAGGGAGACAGCGUGUCACAGGAACUACUGGACACUGUGCUGGUCAAUCUGGUGCCUGCACACAAG